GCUCCGCUCCUGCGGUUCCUAAACCCGAGUGGCGCCUGCGGGGAGCGCAGCGUCGGGCACCUCUUGGCCCGGGACAUUGGCGGCCCGUCUGGACCCCGGCCCCCAGAGACCCGGGCGGAAGACGGCGAGGACCCCGCCCGGUCCCUCCCGCGGGCAGGCGGGGCGGCCCCACAUCGGACUCCUCCCCCGCAGCCCGGCAGGGAUCCGUCGCCGCGCGCGGUUCCGCAGGUGGCAGCUAUGGCCCAGUCCUGAGCGCCCCGCCAUGGCCGGCGCCCCCAGCCUGCUGCGCCUGGCGCUCCUGCUGCUCGGGGCGGUGGGCAAGGCCGGCCCCCGCCCCCAGGGCGCCACGGUGUCCCUCUCAGAGACAGUGCAGAAAUGGCGAGAAUAUCGACGCCAGUGCCAGCGGUUCCUCGCGGAAGCACCACCUCUGGCCGCAGGCCUCUUCUGCAACCGAACCUUUGAUGACUACGCCUGCUGGCCAGAUGGGCCCCCAGGUUCCUUCGUGAAUGUCAGCUGCCCCUGGUACCUGCCCUGGGCCAGCAGUGUGCUCCAGGGCCAUGUGUACCGGUUCUGCACGGCUGAGGGCCUCUGGCUGCAGAAGGACAACUCCAGCCUGCCCUGGAGGGACCUGUCCGAGUGUGAAGAGUCCAAGCGAGGGGAGAGAAACUCCCCCGAGGAACAGCUCCUGUCUCUGUACAUUAUCUACACCGUGGGCUACGCACUUUCCUUCUCUGCCCUGGUCAUCGCCUCAGCCAUCCUUGUUGGCUUCAGACACUUGCACUGCACCCGGAACUACAUCCACCUGAACCUGUUUGCGUCCUUCAUCCUCCGAGCCCUGUCCGUCUUCAUCAAGGAUGCCGCCCUCAAGUGGAUGUACAGCACCGCCGCCCAGCAGCACCAGUGGGACGGACUCCUCUCGUAUCAGGACUCUCUAAGCUGCCGACUGGUGUUCCUGCUCAUGCAGUACUGCGUGGCGGCCAACUACUACUGGCUGCUGGUGGAGGGUGUGUACCUGUACACGCUGCUGGCCUUCUCAGUGUUCUCGGAGCAGCGCAUCUUCAAGCUGUACCUGAGCAUAGGCUGGGGUGUUCCUCUGCUGUUUGUUAUCCCCUGGGGCAUUGUCAAAUACCUCUAUGAGGAUGAGGGCUGCUGGACCAGGAACUCCAACAUGAACUACUGGCUCAUCAUUCGACUGCCCAUUCUCUUUGCUAUUGGGGUCAACUUUCUCAUCUUCAUCCGGGUCAUCUGCAUUGUGGUCUCCAAACUGAAGGCGAAUCUCAUGUGCAAAACUGACAUCAAAUGCAGACUUGCCAAGUCCACUCUGACGCUCAUCCCCCUCCUGGGGACACAUGAGGUCAUCUUUGCCUUUGUGAUGGACGAACAUGCCCGGGGGACCCUCCGCUUCAUCAAACUGUUCACAGAGCUCUCCUUCACUUCCUUCCAGGGCCUGAUGGUGGCCAUCUUGUACUGCUUUGUCAACAAUGAGGUCCAGAUGGAGUUUCGGAAGAGCUGGGAGCGCUGGAGGCUGGAGCACUGGAACAUCCAGAGGGACAGCAGCAUGAAGCCCCUCAAGUGUCCUACCAGCAGCAUAAGCAGCGGGGCCACCGUGGGCAGCAGCGUGUACGCAGCUACCUGCCAGGCUUCCUGCAGCUGAGCCCCAGCGCUGCCCCCCCCCCUCCCUGUGGUCCUUGCCGCUGGCUAGGUGGCCAUCCCAGGUGGGACUGACCCUCCCAGGGACAGGGACGGGGAAGGACAUAGGCACACCCACACCCUUAGCUUUCCUUCUCCAAACCUAUCAGACGGGCAAGUGGACAGUGCCUCCCGGGACCGUAGACACAUGUCCUCCAAGGAGAACAGCCUGCUAAUUUAAUCACCGUGGCAGGAAGAGAGGAAGAAAUGAUUGCUGCUAAAAUGAGGAGGACUCCUUCCUGUUAGAGCCACAGGGCCCUUGGGGUUCCCUCGGAACAGAACAGCAAAUCAACCCCGGACUCCUACUCAAGGGCAACUGUUGAUUAGUGGGAUUGGGGCUUGUGCGAGGGGGCAGUUCCGCGAGAGACCCGCCAUUCUGACCUCAGCCAGCGCAGAGCUUGGCAAGGUGAACGGCUGUGCUCUGUGCCUGCCUGGGCUUGCUACCUGCGUCAUCCUCCUCAUGAAAGAAGAGAGGCCUUCUCUGUGCGUCUGGGCUGCUGGCACUCCCUCGUCUGCCCGUUCAUCUCACCAAACUGUCUUUCCUUGUGGGGAGGGGGCGGUUGUUGGAGCUACGACCCGCGGCUCUUUCUGGAAGUGGCUGCGUGUGGUGCUGGGGAUAAGUACCAAGGGGAUGCUCAGAGGUCUCCGUUGCUGGUGCCCACUUCUCACUCAGCCUUUUAAGUCACUCGGCUCUCUCUCAGCUUCUGCUGUGCCUAGGGUACUAGGUCAAGUCCUACCGUGAGGAGCCCAGGCCUGGUGUAAAGAAGCUCAAAUGCCCUCUAAGGCUCAUCUGGAGACACUUCAGGAAUGUCCCCCUAGGGGCACUGAUGACGCUAAUCUAGAGGAGCAAGGGAUCCAUGGCCUCCAUACCUCCACCUUGUCUGUGACCAGGUUCCAUGUCUUGCAUGGGAAUUGGGGGUACCUCCUCUGAUGCUCCUGAUGCUACCAUGGUGGUGGGCUCCCCUGCCUUUGAAAUCCUCCCACUUUGAACACACACACACACACACACACACACACACACACACACACACUUCAUCCUUUUUCCUUUAUUGCAGUGGCUGUUAUGUCUAUACAAACAUAUAUAUCUGAUUUCUCCCACCCAAUGGAAGAACUAAAUUGUGGCUGUUGUUACGUUUGAGGGGAGUGGGGGAAGUGAUUGAUUUUAUCCCCCCAGACUCCUUCCACACAUGAUGAGUAGAGAUAGGGCAGGAUGGGGACAAUCCAUCACUCCUACCCCGAGCCACAGGGCAGGAUGGGGGAUGAUCUAUCACUCCUACCCCCAGCCACAGGACAGGAUGGGAGACUAUCUAUCACUCCUGCCCUCAGCCACCAUGAGAAAGCCAUCAAGGGACAGCUCUGCAGAGACCCAAAUCCAAGGACAGCCUCCCUGGGAAAGUAGACAAUGAGUUCACAGAGGCCAAGGAAGGUUCCAGGGCUGGAAAGAAUCCUAGUAGUCCAGGCCUUCUUUGAAGUUGGGGUGGAGGUGGCUUCAGAUGGAUUCUCUCAUGAGGCUGAUCUCUCCUUCAUCCUGUGGAAAGUGGGGGACCCUCCCCAAUGCUUUCACUAGACACAUUCUCCUGUGCCCCUCGGAGAGGCAUGGGACAUGUAAGGGAGAUAAUAAUGGGCCAUAAAACACACCAAGCAGAAAAUUUCUUCUCCUUCUGUUUCA